AUCUCCCACGGUGUCUGAAAAGGGUAGUUUCGUACUUUUAUCUACCCUCGCCUUUCGGUUUAUAAUAUAUACAGGGAUCCGGUAGAGAUUUCUCCUUCCCACCGUCUCUCUUUUCUGUCUGUCGUAGAUUCUCGGUGGUGCUUGUUGAAGGGAUUUCUAGGUAGAGGCAGAGAAUGGGGCUUACGUUCACAAAGCUUUUCAGUCGGCUUUUUGCCAAGAAGGAAAUGCGAAUUCUGAUGGUUGGUCUUGAUGCGGCUGGUAAGACAACUAUCCUCUACAAGCUCAAGCUUGGCGAGAUCGUCACAACAAUCCCUACCAUUGGGUUUAAUGUUGAGACUGUAGAGUACAAAAACAUCAGCUUCACGGUCUGGGAUGUUGGGGGUCAAGACAAGAUUCGUCCCUUGUGGAGGCACUACUUCCAGAACACACAGGGUCUCAUAUUUGUUGUUGAUAGCAAUGACAGAGAUCGAGUUGUUGAGGCCAGGGAUGAAUUGCAUAGGAUGUUGAAUGAGGAUGAGCUGCGAGAUGCAGUUCUGCUUGUGUUUGCUAACAAACAAGAUCUUCCUAAUGCAAUGAAUGCUGCUGAGAUCACCGACAAGCUUGGUCUCCACUCUCUCCGCCAGCGUCACUGGUACAUCCAGAGCACUUGCGCCACCUCUGGAGAGGGGCUUUAUGAGGGGUUGGAUUGGCUCUCCAACAACAUUGCUAACAAGGCAUAAGGAUAUCGAACAGUUGCUUCUGAGACUCGCAGUUCUGGAUGCAGGGUGAAUAUUAUCUAAUUUUUUCAUGGGGCACCUUAUAAAAGAGGUUAUCGUUUUCAUUUUUUUUUCUCAUUCUGUUUACGGGAGCUUUUAGCAAACAAUUUGUCAUUAUACUGUAAUAUCAGAAUGGUUAGCCUUGGUUAUUGUGUUUCGGGCUCUUUUUUGGGGCUUUACUUGCUGUUCUUUUCUUUCGAUUUCUAGCUGAAACUAGUUGAUGUAUCAUUCCAUAUGUUGGAUUUGUCUCAUAACCCAUUCUUUUGUUGCUACCGUUUCAA